AUGCAUCAAAGAUCGAGGUGUAACGCUCUAAAAAUAUGCUACACGCAGUUUAAUUCAUUUUCUUCAAAAUCCAUGAAAGUAGCUAUUCUUGGCGCUGCCAGUAAAACGGGAAGUUGUCUAUCAUUAUUUCUAAAACAGUCGCCUUUAAUCGACGAGUUGGCCAUCUACGAUAAUAAAUGUACUUAUGGCCUCGCACUGGACUUGAAUUAUAUCGACACGAGGUGCAAGGUUAGCACAUGCAGUUCCUCCGAAGCAUGUUUGAAACGGACUCUCGAUGGUGCGAAAAUAGUAAUGAUCAUUGCAGAUCGACUCACCAAGAAAGAAUUAAACCCGGAUGAUGUAUUGAGGUGUAAUGCCGAUACGUUGUCAGACUUGCUACCGAAUAUUAUUAAAUAUUGCCCCCAGGCUAUGGUCGCGGUAGCAAUGCACCCGAUAAACAGCUUAAUACCCCUGGCAUUGGAAAUGUACAAAAAAGCUGGCGUUCACGAUUACAAUCGUCUUUUUGGCGUAAUUAGCCUCGAAUGCCUCCGAGCAAAUACGUUUGCCGCGGAAGUUAUAGGUAUCGAACCAGAAUGCAUAACGAUACCUGUGAUCGGUGGAAGUUGUUCAGAGACAUGCAUACCAAUUUUUUCGCGCGCGAAGCCUUGCAACAAGAUAUCUCAGCAAGAAGCCAGCAGAUUAACGAAGGCGGUAAGAUUCGCCGACGACGAGAUUUCUGAAAUAAGUAAAAAGAAAGAACGAACAUGUUUUGCCAUGGCUUUUGGAGCAGCCAGAUUUUGUAUGUCCCUUUGCAAAGCUUUGCGACACCAACACGAUGUCGUAGAAUGCGCUUAUGUCCGAUCUUACGUGAUACCAGACGUAACAUACUUCGCUGCUCCUUUGGCAUUGGGGCCGGAUGGUAUUCAGAAACAUUUGGGUAUUCCACCUCUGAACGAUUAUGAACGUAAGCUUCUCAACGCAACUGUACCCACUCUACAAAGUGCCAUCGCGCUCGGAGAGGCACUUGCUUUGGGUCAUGAACAUUUUUCAUCCGAACGGAAUCAACUGAAUUCACCUCAUACAUCAUAG